AGUCGACCUACCUUCCCUUACCAAAUCGGCAUCCCCUACCAAUCAAACAGAAGAACCAAGCGAGAUGGCAGUCAACGCCGCAUCGAAUCUGGCCCAAAAGGUCAUGGGAGACGUGGAGACGAGCAUCACUGCGUCGCAUGCGUCCGAUGAGCAGAAGUCGGCGAGCGGCGACAAAAUGCAAGCGCUGACCUGGCAAGGCGUCGAAAAGGUCGCGCUCAAGACGGUGGCCAAGCCAGAGAUCAUGGAUGACGAAGAUGUCGUCAUCAAGGUCACCGGCACCACGGUCUGUGGCUCGGAUCUGCACCUGCUCCACGGUGACAUCCUGCAGCUCAAGGCAGACGAUAUUCUUGGCCACGAAGGGAUGGGCGUCGUCGAGUCCGUAGGUCCCAAAGUCAAGGGCCUAAAGAAAGGCGACCGAGUAGUCUCGUCUUUUUCUAUCUCCUGUGGCUCUUGCAAGUUUUGCAAGGAAGGCUUGGGAAGCAUGUGCGAGAAAACAAACAGCAGCAGCGUCAUGCAGGCACUGUACGGACAGAGAUUUUCAGCUCUACUCGGCUAUGCGCACUUCGCAGGCGGGCUGGCAGGUAUGCAGUCGGAGUACUGUCGCAUUCCAUACGCCGACCACAACUGCCUCAAGGUGCCCGAUGGCGUUUCGGACGAGAAGGCCCUUUUCCUGAGCGACAUUGUCUGCACUUCCUACCAUUCCGUCGUCGAUGUGGGCUUUCAAGCUGGCCAGACGGCCAUCGUCUUUGGCGCCGGGCCCGUCGGGCUCAACAUUGUCCAGUGGCUCCUGGCCGUGUUUGAUGCCAAACGCGUCGUGCUGCUCGACUCUGUGCAGAACCGUCUCGACUUUGCCAAGCAGGCCUUCAAGGGCCGACCGCUCGAGGUCGUCAACAUCGAGACGGACUGCGAAGGCGGAAACGUCGUCAAGAAGCUGUACGAGCUUGAAAAGCUCGGCUGGGACGUCGCAUUUGACGUGGCCGGUUUCCGAUACGCAAAGAGCCUGGUGCACAAGGCCAUGCGCGCGACCGCACUUGAGACAGACACGCCAGAGACGCUCAAUGAAGCCAUCAUGGCUGUACGCAAGUUUGGACGCAUCUCCAUUGCGGCUGACUAUGCCGGUCUCACCAACGGCUUCAACAUCGGCGCCCUCAUGGAGAAGGGCAUCAUGCUCAAGGGCAACGGUCAGGCGCCCGCGCAAAAGUACAUGAAGCCCCUCCUCGACGACUACAUUGUCACGGGCAAGUUUGACCCGACGCUCAUCCUCACGCACCGCUUCGACUUUAGCGAAAUGGACAAGCUCUACUAUGCCUUUGACAAGAAGCUCUUUGACGAGGAAAAGGGCGUGGGCAUCCUCAAGUGCUUCGUCCAGACGAGGCACUCUUCGGCCCCAGCGCCCGGUAUGCCAACGCUCACAAAGGUCCCAUAGGCUGCCCCAACGGACCCGAUACUUCG